GUGGCGUGUGGCACGUUGAGCGUGUUCAAAAGUGCCGACUUCCGGCCACACUUGGGAUGUUUGCGAGUGUUUCCUUGGGUCGUCGUGACCGCCACGCCACGCCACGCCACGCCACGCCGCCGAGUCCACUUCGCAUUUUGAGCGACGCCCCCAAAUUCCGUGCCGAGUGUUUGCAGACCCUCCGGGACGGAGAGGUGGAGGAGGACUCGGCAGCUCGGCCGUCUGUGUUCACCAGCAGCGCCAACACGCCAUUAUCGGUCCAUGACUUCACUCCGCCUUCCUGACAGCGGCGUUCGGUCAACGCGGGCUACUUUCCCCCCCUCGAAGGACUCCACGGCUGCUGCAGAGAAUGGGAAUAAGGACGCAGGCCGAGGUUUGCCAUUUUGGCUGAAGUGAGAGGACUUCAAUCCCCGCAGCACGCACACAAGGACACAAACCGCCGCCCACGUUCACGGAUAUGUCCACAGCGGUGGACAUUGCUGGCCCUUCCUCGCCAGACCCGGCUAACAGCGGCGCUAAAAUCCCCAACGAGCCGCUCAGACCCAGCCUCAAACGCUCCAACCACCCCUACGGACUCUCCCAUUUUGUCGCCACCCCUUCCCAAGCCAUGGACGUCAAGGGCCUCAUCCAGCCCUCCCCGGAACAGGAGCAGGCGGCCCCGCCCGGCCCCGCCAAGCCUCGCCGCGCCCCUUCCUGGCCCGACAUGUGGGAGUCGCCCAGCGGGCUUCACCUUGCCCACGCCGCAGAACUCCUGAUGCGCGCCGGGCUGCUCGCUCUGACCCCUGCCGCCGCGGAGCAGGCCGGCUCCGGCGCCCAAAGCAGCCAGGUGGCGGAGGCGAAGGGAGGCAAGGGGGACGGCGAGGGCGGCGGAUCCGGGCCCGAAGAGGAGGAAGAGGACUCACCUGGAUGCAGGGCGGACAUCCAGCCCUUCCUGGGCGCUUGGUUCCCCUUCAGCCCCACUCUCUUGCCGCUCGCCGGGUUCCAGAUGGGCGGAGGCCACUGGAGGAGCGCGGCCAUGGGUGCCGAAGGCAUGGAGGGCCUGGUGGCUGAGGGCCACUCUCCCGGCUCCCUGGGCGGCGGCAGCGGAAGCAGGAGGAAGAGGAAGCGCUGCGGCGAAUGCGUUCCGUGCCGGCGGCAGACAAACUGCGAACAGUGCAGCAGCUGCCGCAACCGUAAGAGGGGACACCAGAUCUGUAAAUACAGGAAGUGCGAGGAGCUGAAGAGGAAGCCGGGAGGCCCCGGGUUCGAGAGCAGAGUGUCCGCGUUUGACCUCAGAGGCUCCGACUUUUCUUUGGGCCUGGCACAGGAGAGGAGCAGCGGCGCCUUGGAUGGAUAAUACGUUUGCCGCACAGGAUCGCGCUUUGGAUGAUUGUUGAGGAGCUGCAAUGUAAACACACACACACACACACACACACACACACACUGGACACAAUGUUAACAAGCUGGGUCAGAGACGUGGACAUGAUGUGUUGAGUGCACAGCGGCACUUCUGUUCUAGAAUGUUCUCACUCAUCCUUUCUUUUGACAAUCAGCGAAUUGGAGAGAGGAGAGAGAGAAGGAUACCAAGUGUCACCGUUUCCAUGAUGACUGUAAAUAGACUGUAAAUAACAUUAUGUCUUUUUUACAUCCCUUUCCAGUUUGGAUGUAUUGUGUUGCAAAAAACAAACAAAAAAAAAAAGAAAGAAAAGGAGCCAAGAUGUUUUGUUUCUAACGGGGACUCUCGAUUCUGUUGUCACCGCAUCACCGAGUCGUCUAAAUUAUUUCAUGUGCAACUUGUACGUAUAGAUCUGUUUGCCCUUUUGAAAUAAAAGAAAUUGGCCAUGUGCGCUUGUCUACAUGCUUUUUAAGU